UAUUUAUUACUUUCCACGUCACACUGUCAUCGGAAUAUAAUAAUACUUCUAGAAUAUUUAUUAUUUUCAACGUUUCAAUGUGGUUCUGUUACUGUCAUUAGGAAUAUAAUGAUACUUCUAGAAUAUUUAUUAUUUUCAACGUUUCAAUGUGGUUCUGUCACUGUCAUCAGGAAUAUAAUGAUACUUCUAGAAUAUUUAUUAUUUUCAACGUUUCAAUGUGGUUCUGUCACUGUCAUUAGGAAUAUAAUAAUACUUCUAGAAUAUUUAUUAUUUUCAACGUUUCAAUGUGGUUCUGUCACUGUCAUCAGGAAUAUAAUAAUACUUUUAGAAUAUUUAUUAUUUUCAAUGUUUCAAUGUGGUUCUGUCACUGUCAUCAGGAAUAUAAUGAUACUUCUAGAUAAUAUAUUACUUUCAACGUUUCAAUGUGGUUCUGUCACUGUCAUCAGGAAUAUAAUGAUACUUCUAGAAUAUUUAUUAUUUUCAAUGUUUCAAUGUGGUUCUGUCACUGUCAUUAGGAAUAUAAUGAUACUUCUAGAAUAUUUAUUAUUUUCAACGUUUCAAUUUGGUUCUGUUACUGUCAUCAGGAAUAUAAUGAUACUUCUAGAAUAUUUAUUACUUUCAACGUUUCAAUGUGGUUCUGUCACUGUCAUUAGGAAUAUAAUGAUACUUCUAGAAUAUUGA